CAGUCUUAUGAAAGUCGCUGCUUGUUGUAAUAUAUAAAUAAAACGACAAACUCACUAAAGUUUAAACGGAACAAUCUAACUGAACAAAAAUGAAGACAUUUGUUUUACUUCAGGCCAUGGCAGUUUGUGCAACACAAGGGUUCCUCAUUACAGCGGCGGAGCCGUGUCAGAAUCCCCCGGUCGCUGCUAACUUCUCACAUGCGGGUUAUAAUGGGCUGUGGUACGAAAUAGGAAAAAUGCAAACUCCGGGUGGUGCCGCCUUCGAAAAGGACUGUGUGUGUACAACAAUUGAUGUUAGGCCAGUUAAAGGAGCCACAAAUGGAGAUUCUACGGCCAUAAAUAGCUGCAGAAAAUUAGCACCUUCGGGAGACUUUUUAAAUGCUACAGGGGAUUUGGUCAAUGAAGAAGUACCAGGACACUGGAAAGAAAGUUUCUUCCCAUUUACUCCAAAGGCUGACUAUAGGAUUAUCUACCUUGAUGACCAUCUUGCUAUUGAAUAUGACUGUACCAGCGUUCUGUGGAUUACCAACUACUGUAUACAUCUUCUUGCUAGAACGCCGACCAUAAGUGAUGCUGAUGAAAAGAAACUAUUAGAUUUCGCCAAUGGUCUGUCCCUAAAUAAACAAAAUAUCCCGUAUAAGAAGACGCUCCAGGACGGUUGCUGGUGAUGGAAAGAAGUAGUUUUUGUUGUGAUAAUUCGUAUCGUUAUGGGCUGUGACAGAAUUUUACUGGUGUUUCCUAAAACAUAAAGACGCUCCUCUGUCCUUCAUCAAUACACCGCGCAAAUUAAAUGUAACAUACAUGACAAUAUGAUAUUGCAAUGUAUAUGCACUUUAUAUUUAUUUUUUGUACAAAUUGAAAUAUAGUUUUCUGGUGUACAAUUUACUUGUUAUUCAUGUUACUUUAAUUUCUGUUUUUAU